AUGGUCGAUAAAAAUGCACAAAUUCAAGCGACAUUAAAUGCAAAAUUAAUUGAAAGUGGUGAAAAAGAACAAAUGAAACAACUUUUAAGACAACGUUUGAUUGAAUAUGAAUGGAGAGAUGAAAUGAAAGCUUAUUGUAAAGAAAUUAUUAAACAAAAAGGUCUUGAAAAUUUAACUGUUGAUGAACUUGUACAAGAAAUAACACCGAAAGGCCGUGCUCUUGUACCAGAUGCAAUCAAAAAAGAAAUGUUAACUCAUCUUCGUCAAUAUUUAUCUAAACACGAAGAUCUUUGA